AUGGCACCAACUGUUCCCAUAGAUUUUGCUGGGCAAAAGGAAUCCAGAAAAUACUCUCAUUCACAAAACAUGGGAAAAUCUCGAAAAUAUUCUAAAGGGAAUUCUGCUGGAUUUGUUCCUGAAUUCCGUCAUGUUGUAGAGACUAUGGGUGAAUCGGAUGGAUUGGGUAGCUCGGGAAGGGUUGAGAUGGAGCCGGCGGCAUCAGCAGAUUCCUAUGCACCGAACAGGAAAGGCCCUGGUUUGAAAAGUGAUAGUUGUUAUGGUAGUUUUGAUGUACCUUAUCAACUUUUCUCGUUGUCUAAAAUGUCGGCUAUGGAAAGAAGGGAUUUGAAAUUGAGAUUAACUUGGGAACUUGAACAAGUGAGGAAACUUCAGAAGAAAAUUGAUGGUAUGAAUUCAACCAUUAUUGGAUUAUCUCCGUCCAGUGACAUAAGGAGCUGCAGUGUGGGACAGAAAAGGCCUCAGCUGGAGAGCCAAUACAGUAUACUGCAAGCAUCAGUGCCACAUGGUAAGAAAAGACCUCUGCCAGGACGUAGUGGUCCCAAGACAAAAAAAAGUAUGUCUGGGCGUUUUGAAUAUCCGAAACCUGCUGCACCAAUGGAUUCAUAUGAUACAUUGAUGAAACAGUGUGAGAAUUUACUUAACCGUUUGAUGUCUCAUCAAUUCGGUUGGGUUUUUAAUAAGCCAGUUGAUCCUGUUGCAUUGAACAUUCCUGAUUAUUUCAAUGUCAUCAGACAUCCAAUGGAUUUGGGGACUGUGAAGAGUAAACUUACAUCUGGUAAAUAUUCAAAUCUCAUGGAUUUUGCUGCUGAUGUGAAGCUGACAUUCUCAAACGCAUUGACUUAUAAUCCACCUGGCAAUGAUGUGCAUAGCAUGGCAACUACUCUUAAUAAAGCCUUUCAAACAAAAUGGAAGUCCAUCGAGAAGAAAAUUCCUGUCAUUGAUCACCGUGUCUCAUCUGAGCUUUCGAAACAUACACACAUAGAAACUGAAAUUUCUGACCCAAUCCCCCCCAUAAAAAAGAAGAAAAUGACACCAAAUAACCCUAAUACUAAGCCAGAACCUGUCAAAAGAAUCAUGAGUGACAUGGAGAAGCAGAAAUUGAGUCAAGAGUUGGAAGAGAUGCUUGGAGAGUUGCCUGAAACCAUUUUGGAUUUUUUGAAAGAGCAAAGUCACAAUGCAGGGCAAACCAAUGAUGACGAAAUUGAGAUUGAUAUUGAUACUCUUAGUGAUGAUACCUUAUUCAAAUUGCGGAAGCUUCUUGAUGAUUACAUGCUGGAGAAGCAACGAUUCCAGCCAAAAGCUGGACAGUGUGAAAUGGAGCUUCUUAAUGAAUCUGGGUUUAGUAAUUCAUCAAUGCAACCUUCUAAAGGCAAUGAACUGGUUGAGGAGGAUGUUGACAUUAUUGGUGGGAAUGAUCCUCCUAAUUCAAUUUAUCCUCCCCUAGAGAUUGAGAAAGAUGGGGCCAACAGAAACAGUAAAUGCAGUAGUUCAAGCAGUUCUAGUAGUGAAUCUGGCUCAUCAUCCAGUGAUUCAGAUUCAAGUAGUUCAUCUGGUAGUGAGUUAGAUACUGCUAAGGUGCCAGAACCUCUUAGUUCUAAGGUGAUUGGGGAAAAUAUAGGUCCUGGCUUGACUUAUGAUCAGAACAGGGGGGAUCCUGGUAAUCCAGUAACUGGAAAUGAUUCAAAUAACCCGGGUAGCCAGGUUGACCAGAGUUUGGAGACUAAGACAGUUACUAUCGAAUCAGAAAGCCACCAAGAUGGGGAGAGUGCUGCGUCUAAGAGGCAAGUCUCUCCGGAAAAGCUCUACCGUGCAGCUUUAUUAAGGAGCCGGUUUGCUGACACCAUAUUCAAAGCUCAAGAGAAAGCCCUUGAAAAGGAUGAUAAACGUGACCCUGAAAAGCUUAGGAUAGAGCGGGAAGAACUUGAAAGAAGGCAGAAGGAAGAGAAAGCUCGGCUACAAGCAGAGGCAAAGGCUGCAGAAGAGGCUCGGAGGAAAGCUGAAGCAGAAGCUGAAGCUGAAGCCAAAAGGAAGAGGGAACUGGAGAGAGAAGCAGCACGCCAGGCUUUGCAAAAGAUGGAGAAAACUGUUGACAUCAAUGAGAGCUGUCAAUUUUUGGAAGAUCUAGAGAUGCUGAGUGCUGUACCUGAUGAAAAUACACUAAGUUUCAAAGAGGAAGCAAGCCCAGAUGAUCAUCAAAAUGGAUUUGGGGGGAUCAGGCUGCAGGGAAAUCCCUUAGAACAGUUAGGACUGUACAUGAAGGUUGAUGAUGAAGAUGAGGAGGAAGAACUGCCUCAAAGUGCUGCUGAGCCAACGAAAGAUGUAGAAGAAGGAGAAAUUGAUUGA